AUGAAUGAUCCGGCGUCCAGGCCGCAGCAGGGAGCCAUGGAUUCCCAGACAGUGGCUCACGCCAACACUAGAAGCAACCAGACCAUGGGAAAAGCCGGCAAUCUAAUGAGCACCAAAACGACGUUCCGAUCCAACCCAGUUGCUUCUGUUACAUAUAAACGUCAUUAUCAGCAUCAUUAUCAUCAGAAUCGCAUGAUAGAGUUGGAGCUGUGGGAGAGUGAACUCACGCAACAACAGAACGUUCUGGAGGACAUGACGCAACAAUUGGAUAUGGAGACCAGCAAGUGGAACCAUGCGUGGAAGGAGCUUCAUUGGAAGCAGAACAAACUGCAGAGCGAGAAGGAGAACCAUGUUCAGUACAAGGUUCAACUACAGUAUAGUUGGAAUAACCAGCUGCUAGAGAUCAACCAGAGGGAGCUCCAGGCUGCCAAAGAUCAGCUUUGGCAAGAUCAGACCAAGCUGUGCGAGUAUCAGAGUGACCUGAAAGCCAAUCAGAAGAAACUCGAGAAACAUCAAAAUAAACUCCAGAAAGAUCAAAAGACACUGGAACGAGCCAGGAAGAAGCAUCUCAAGGCAAAGCAGAGACUAGAGGAUGCAAAGAUGGAACAGCGCAUCAAACAGGAGGAACCGGAUCGCGAGGCACAGAAAGAGCAGAGCGGAAAGCGCAAGAAGGAGAACGAUCCGUCCAAAGCCGACCGCAAGAAGCAGAAGCGGCAAGAGAACGCCGAGUGUGAGGCACUCAACAAGGAUGGCGACGCUCACACGAAGAAACGUUCUUAA